UUAUGCUAAAAUAAAAAUGUUAUUAAUUUCUACCAACACAAAAAUAGUAUAGCUAGAGUGAAAAAAGAGAAGGUACUAUGUUCCAAUUCCCACUCUCCAAUGUCAAAAGAAAAAGAAAAAGAAAAAGGCAAUCGUGAUUAUAAUAAUAAGAUCCAUUCAAAACGAUAAAGGAAUACUCAAUCAUGAGAGCCGCUGAUGCACCUUUCCAAAGUCCAACUUCCUUUCACUACUUCCUCCUUAGCUACAGUGCUGCUAUACUAUCACAGUGAUUGCUCAUGGCAUCUUCGCCAUCGUCGUUGAAUGCCCAAAAUUCCAACAAAAAUACAGAGAGUGGGGCUUCUUCAUCACCAUCACUACCUCCUCUUCCCCCUAACAUACUCCUAUCUCCAGAAGAUCAUUUUCAAGAUGACGACUCCGGCUUUCAAACAGCUCCUUCUUCUCCUCCGCCAGAACCAGCUUCGCCUCCUCCCAAUAGCACUACUUUUCCGGCUGAUGUAAGUGAAAGUUUGUUUCAAAUCUCUUCUCCUCCUCCGCCCCAGACUAUCACACCCUCUGCCCCUCUUCCUGCCGCACUACAUGAAAGAGAUGCUCUGCCGAGCCACCAUUUGCUAAAAAUUAAGUCCUUUUCCACACUUUCGAAAUCGCCCAUAGAGAAAUUCAUUAAUGAUUUUGAAGCAGGGGGCUACAAAUGGAACUUUUCUAUAUACCCAACUGGGGACAAGAGCAAAGAUGGGGAAAACUAUUUAUCUGUUUACUUGGAAAUAGUGGAAACAAGUACUCUUCCUGCUGGUUGGGAAGUCAAUGCUCUCUUUAAUUUCUUCAUAUUCGAUCAUAUUCGUGAUAAAUAUGUUGGUCCCCAAGAUGCGACAGUAAAGCGAUUCCAUUUUAUGAAGACACAAUGGGGUGUCGUCAAGUUUAUUGAUCUUGAAACAUUUAAGAAUCCAUGCAAUGGUUACCUUGUUAAUGACACAUGUGGUUUUGGUGUUGAGGUUUUUGUGGUUAAAACUACAUCGAAAGCGCAGUGUUUUAGUUUGAUUAACAAUCCUGUGACUUACCGGCCCGGCUCGAUUUUUUCUAAUGUCACACAAACAACAGCCAAACGUUAUGUAACUGCGUUCUCUGUUUUUGGAGACUACAAAUGGAGGAUUAUUUUCUAUCCUAAAGGAUACCAAGAAGAAGGCAAUAAGAUCAACAAUAUCAUAUCAAUAUAUCUUGAUGUGGAUGCUUCAACUCUUUCUGCUGACUCAAAACUACUUGUGCAUUACACUAUAGGAAUGGAAAACCAAAAGAAAAAUGGCAAACAUUUUGAACGAAGCGAUACCAACACAAUUGGUUCCAUUGCUCGGGGUUUUCGUGAGUUCAUGUCCGAGACUAAUUUCAAAGACCCAGAAAAUGGUUUUGUGGUGGAUGACAAAUGCAGUAUAAGUGUUGAGAUUGAAGUUCUUGGUAUAGUUACACUAGAAUAAUCAACGCAGCUUUUUCGAUUUUACAUUAUUCUUUUGGAUGAUAAUCAAAAGAUUACUUUUACUAAGGCUAUAUGUAUUUCAAGAAUAAUUACUCCAGGUUUUGUAAAAAAUAAAUAAAUUCUAAUUGAUGUUUUUUAUAUUGGACUCAAAUAAAAAAUAAUAAAUUUAGAUUUUGU